GCGGCCUGCUGCCCGCUGCGGGUUGUGCGCAUGCGCAGCUCGCCCUCCUGCAGGCCGCGUCCCCUUCCCGGUGUGUCUCUAUGGCGGCGGGGGCCUGAGCGGCGGCACCAUGCACAGCCUGGGCACGGCAGCGCCUGUGCCUACAGCACUGGCUCAGGUGGACCGUGAGAAGAUCUACCAGUGGAUCAACGAGCUGUCCAGCCCUGAGACGAGGGAGAAUGCACUGCUGGAGCUGAGCAAGAAGCGCGAGUCUGUGCCUGACCUUGCCCCCAUGCUGUGGCACUCAUUUGGCACCAUUGCAGCACUCCUUCAGGAAAUUGUAAAUAUUUAUCCAUCAAUCAAUCCUCCAACCUUGACUGCCCAUCAGUCCAACAGAGUCUGCAAUGCUUUAGCUCUGUUACAGUGUGUUGCAUCUCAUCCUGAAACAAGGUCAGCGUUUUUGGCAGCUCACAUCCCUCUCUUCCUGUACCCCUUCUUGCACACAGUCAGCAAGACGCGUCCAUUUGAGUACCUGCGUCUCACAAGCCUUGGAGUGAUUGGAGCCUUGGUGAAAACUGAUGAGCAAGAAGUGAUAAACUUCUUAUUGACAACAGAAAUUAUCCCCCUGUGCUUACGCAUUAUGGAAUCCGGCAGUGAACUUUCCAAGACGGUUGCUACAUUUAUUCUUCAGAAAAUCCUUCUGGAUGACACAGGGCUGGCAUAUAUCUGUCAAACAUAUGAGCGGUUUUCCCAUGUUGCCAUGAUACUGGGUAAAAUGGUCCUGCAGCUCUCCAAGGAGCCAUCAGCACGGCUGCUCAAACACGUCGUCCGCUGUUACCUUCGCCUUUCUGAUAACCCCAGGGCACGUGAAGCUCUCAGGCAGUGCCUUCCCGACCAACUGAAGGACACCACCUUCGCCCAGGUCCUGAAGGAUGACACCACCACAAAGCGCUGGCUGGCUCAGCUCGUCAAGAACCUGCAGGAAGGUCAGGUCACUGACCCACGGGGCAUCCCCCUUCCUCCGCAAUGACUGCUGGGGGGGGUGGGAGAUCGGGGAAGAAACAGCUCAGGUUUACAAAGAACUAGGAACAGAUGACCUCUUCUGUAACAAACUGGGCACGCCAGCUGACUUUCAGUCUGCCAGCUUGUCGGACCAUUCCACCCAGCCAAAGGCUGCUCUGUAGCAAUGCAGCACGCCUCUGGGGAUCACAACACCAGCAGAUACUGAUACCACAGCUUCAAAAGAGUCAAUAAAAAUCAUCUGUAAAGAUCCCCAUCUCUCCAGGAGGCUCGGCUGGUGUCUGUCCCUGCAUCAACAGGCAGGGGGUAGCACAGACGUCCACUCAUCCAGCUAGCUCAGACUUCAUGCAAAUAGUGUGUGACAACGGGUGUGUGCCACAACCCUUCAAUUCCUUGUCACUUCUUGUUUACACGUCUGCUUAGAUGAGUGAGCUGAGUAAAAGCCCAUCCAGUUGUUUUCUCCCCUGUACAGGCUGCUGCUCAGCCCCAGGUAACCCGGGGACAGCUUUCUUCUCUGCAGGCACAUCCUCGCUCUCCAUCCAUCCUCUUAGCACAGCAGGCUUCUCUUUUUCCUUUCCUUUGGCACAAAGGCAGCAGCUGGAGCCGGGCAAUGUAGCGCUUGCCCCAUGAGGAGGGGUAGAUUACUUGUGAUGAACCUGUGUGUCAUCAGCUUGGUUCUCAGGGCUCCGAGGGGAGGAGAAGACCGCAAGCCUGUGGUUCCUGUGCUGUAAAUAGUGCACUGCUCCUGCGGCUAUUGACGCAGCUUUAGCCGGCAGCUGAGUGCUGCUGCAUGCUGGCUGCUGAUCUAGCAGAGCUCUUGCCCAGCAGAGAUGCUGCCUGCCUUGCCCAGUGAUCAGCAGGCCCCUAAUGCAGGACGGCAGGGAGCUGCGUCCUGCAGGCUCCAGGUACACCAGCUCCCACGUCCCCUGCUUCCUGCCUCAGCCCCGAUCACAUGCCUCCCAGCUCAGCUUUGCCACCCGAGUGCAUCCAUUUCAGCUUUCAAACCUGCCUCGGUGUCUGCUUCAGUCCCACUGCAAUUAAACUGGCAGGACCGGCAGCCACUUACCUGCCUUCCCUGCACGGAGGGGUGGUGUGGCGCUGGCAGGGGGGGCUCUGGGGCUGUGUUUCAGCAGCCAGCUUUGCUGGCACUUGGCUGCAGACAAGCCUGGGCAGCGGCUCAUCCCCCUCCAGCAGCCCAUUUUGCUGAUUAUCUGCAGUGUUGUGCCAACAGUGUCUUAAAUCCCAUCUGGUUUCCCCUCCCUCUUCCCGUUGCAGCCUUUGCAUAACGAGGGCAGAGCCCGGCCUAUUCCUUGCCCUUGGGUUCCGUUUUAUAACCAUUGCCACCUUUUUUUUUUCCCCCCUUCUCCUAACCCUGACCUUGAUGGGGUGUGAAAAUGCUUCUGGUUUUUGUAAGUUCGGGUUAAUAAAUAAUAAAACCCCAGUCAGCACA